UCUCAAAGAUUCUCACUCUGUUACAUUCAAUUGGGACUUGUAAUUGGCGAAAACUUUAUUUUGCAAUAAAUUGGAUCUUGAAAACUUAAUCUCUUCCACUUCUUCUCUGUUUUUCCUUCUCCAUUUGUAGCAGUUGGGGAUUGUAUGAGGGUAAUUUGAGUCCUGGUUCGACAUGGGAAACUGGAGAAAUCGACACCUGCGGAGAUUUUCCAAUUCCCGAAGAGUUCCAAACUCUCCCCCUUACGACCACGAAGUUUCAUAUUCAGGUUACUGUGAUGAUGGUGUACCGCCAUGGGAAAAGAAAUUCUGUAGGUCAAUUGGAUCAGUACCAUGGUGGAAGGUAGUGGCUGCAAAGAAGUAUACUUUCUGCCAUAGUAAUAUACUCAGUUGGGAUGACUCAGCUGGUGAAGAGGCAUUUCAGAAUGCCAAAAAACGCUUUUGGGCAAAGAUCAAUGGUCUUCCCUGUGACAUCCUUCUUCCUGAUCCAGAUACUUACAUUGACAAAAUAAAUUGGAAUCCUAUUAUUGAUCUGGAACUGAUUGAAGACCUAGAGAGCGCAUAUUUUGUGCCUGAAGAAGCCGAGAACGAUAGUAACAUAGGGCAUAGAAACAAAAUGGAAAAGAAUUCAGAAUCUCUUCCCCCAGAAGAACGUAAACAGAAUCCAGAUACUGUUGCUAACCCAUGGGAGUCUUCUAACUACAAUGCCUGGGAUAGCGAUAUUUUGAAGAAUGGAUCGCAAGGCUGGAGCCAUUGGAAUAGUGAUAGCGAUAUGCUUAGGAACUCAAACAAUGAAGAGAACGGAUGGUUGCAAAACUCUCCUCAAGAAAACAAAGCUGCAAAAGAUGCCACAUGGAGACAUUGUUCUGAGAAGGUAUGGGACCGGAAUCAGGGAACCAACAAUGUCAAACAAACAGGGGGUUGGGAUAAGAAUGACAAUCAAUGGGGCCUCAGCUGCAAGGAUAAGUGGCGGGAUAAUCAUGGAGAUAAUUCCUGGGGUUUGAAAUGGCAGGAACAAAAAAUACAGCGAAGUGAUCGUGUUCAUGGGGAGCAAUACUUAAUCCCAGACCGUGGAGCUCCAAAAGAUAUUGGAUGGGGAGAUAGAAAGGGGAAUGCAUGGAGUGGCGGGGACAUGUCAAAAAGCUAUAGAAAUCCAAAAAUAUUGGAAAUUCAAAAGGUGAGUCAAGCAUUGGCAGCAUGCAACAGGAGUUACCAAAAGAGGGAACAUCCUAAUCAGUACAGAGCAGAUUGCAAAAGCUCAAGGUUUCGACGGGGAUAAUAACCAAAUAGGUCAGUCGAGGAGUUAAAACAGAACGCUAACAAGGGACUCGUUUGGUGAAGUAGCUGGUGGUUUUUGCAUUUGUAUGAUUGAGACUCUCGAGGCACCAGGUGAAAGUUUUUCUGAUACCAUCAACCUUUGACUUUUCUUGCUUCCUCCAUAUAAAAGAAGCUAAUUUUGUGUUUAUAUAGAAUUGUUCAUGCCAGACAAGCAUGAUAUCUAUCCUUGGUAGGAUACUAAAAACACCUUUUGUAAA